GAGUUUGUUUGUAUUUCCCAGAUGCGAGGGUGUAUGAUGCCUAUGUGGUCUACCACAUGCAGAGCAUGGACAAGGCCACUGAGGAAUCACUCUGUCGGUUCGUCACAAAGGAUUUGCCCUCCGUCCUUGAGGAAAAGUGUGGCUAUCGUCUCUUUAUCCAUGGGAGGGAUGACAUACCAGGAGAAGACCGUCUGGAGCUGGUGGAGGACCGCUUGAAGCAGAGCAGGAGGCUGAUGGUGAUCCUCACCCCAGGUUUAGGAUCAGAGUCCAAGAUCACGGACCAAAAUCUUGCCCCACCCGAAUACUCAGUUAUAGGAGGGUUUGACUGGCAGGUGGGGCUCCACCAUGCGCUGGUCCAGAGGGAAAUGACUGUGAUUCUGAUCCAGCUGGGGGACACUGAGCCACAGGGAUACACACACCUUCCUCCUGGCUUGCAGCAUCUGAUUCGCAAGAGUGCUCCCAUUAGGUGGCCAGAGGAUUCACGGGCUGCUGUCGCAUGGAACUCUCGCUUCUGGAAGAGAGUGCGAUACCUGAUGCCUGCCAAACCUGCCAAAAAAUGUCAACAAUCUGCUAUUAUCUGAAACACGUAUGGACUCUAAUUCCUUUUAGCCUUCCUAGAAUGACAGAUAUGUAGCAUGUACAAAACAAAACAAUAUUACACCACUUCUCAUCACACCCUUUAUAUAUGUGAUGUUAUGUUAUAUAUAUAUAUUAUAUGAUAUAUAGAGUGAUGCCAAUACGUCCAAAUAGUCUCGUUUAACUGCAGGUUCAAGGGUCGGUUUAUUUCUUCCUAGAAGUAUGUACAUUGUAUUUCUCACAUCCUUAUGCUGGUUCAAAGACACAAAAAAAGCAUGGCCACAGCCAGGUGAGAGGUCACUGAGAAAACACAUUUUUUAUAUAAAAAAAUAAUUUAAAAAACGCUUAUAACCAUGAGUCUGUCCUUGAAGUGCAUUUUCUUUUAUUUCAAAUAAUAAUUAUUUCUUAUUUGAAAUGGCAUAUUAUGUAUUGGUAUAAUUUAAAUACAUAUUAGGUCUAUGUAUCUUUUCAAUUAUCUCCUUGAAUAUUUGCCUGGCUAUACCAUACCCAAGAGCUAAUAAAAUCACAAUUUGGGAAGUACACUAGAGUACAUUAGCUAAGCACUGUUCUUUCCUGGCCAUAGCUGUCAUGUUUAUUAAGCUUUAUUGUGGUUGAACUUGCGUGUUGUAACACUUGUGAGAUGAAUUAGGGGAAAACCUGAAUUAUACUGCAGUUGUGCUCCUCUGCUCAAGUGAUUUUAAUAAAAAAAGAAGAAGAAAAGAGAAAGUGAAUUGAAAAAGAUUAAUCUUAAAAUUGGCCAUGUGACAUAUAUUGUGCUGGAAUCUUGUCCAAUUUUCAUCUGUGUGUUGGCACUGACAUUAUUUCCUAAGUUAAAACUGUUAGUCUCAAAAUGCGUUGAUAUGCAUAGAUUUAUACUAUACAGUGUAUGCCCCCAAACCUUCAUUGCAGGGCUAGGGCUCAUGACCUCAGUAUUUCUACAAUCCUGGCUACGGCCAUGAAAGAAAUAUCAAAUAAUCAUAAAUAUAGGCCUACAUGUAACAUAAUAAAUGUGUAAAUUGUUGAAAUUAAAAUGGAUCUCUGUAUUUUAGACAAUAUAUUCAAGGUGCUGGAGAGACCUCAGUAAUUUAAAAAUAGCUUUGCUUUGGCUCUGAUCAGUAUGGAAAAUAAAUGCUAUUAAUUAUCUUAUGACAAGCUGUUGGAGAGCUGACUGCUGAUUAUGAUAAAGGUUCUAAAGGUUCAGCCAGUAGGUCAGUCUAUAAUCUUUAGUGUAACCCUGCUUUCCUGUUUAUGUCCAGGGUGUUGAACACCUACAGAGAUGAGGAGCUUGCUGUGUUUUAAAAAAAAUCUUGAAGAAAUGCGUGAUUAGAUAACGAGGUUCUUUCAGAGGUGUUGAUCAUUUUGCAUAAUACUACUAGGAGAACAGAAAUAAAAGCCCCUAAAUAUAUAAAAACAUAAAUCAACAGAAAAUUAAUUGGAAUUAACUGAGAAAAAGACCGAGAUUUUUUUGUAGAAGAUUUAACAACAAAUUUCUGCUGCACGCAUCAGAAUGGAGUUGUUCUCAAUAUGCCUGGUUGUUUGAUUAAUGCAAGUCCAAGUCUUAAGCUGAUGAUACACUGGGCAACUUUUUGAGCAAUGUUGCUGGGCAAUCUCGCUAGUGCCAAGUCCGACUAUGUUUUGAAUGGAUAGCGGCGGCGGGGCGGGUGGUGGGGAGGGGAUUACGGUAGUAAUCUUUACUGAUUACCACUGACGCAUGAAAGUAGAGUUGCUCUGUGUAUCAUCAGCUUUAUUUGUAGUUGAAACAUUGGUUUAAAUUUAUUUCCACCCAAACUUCAUUGUACAUGUGUGGCUUUGUACUGGUAUGGUAUGGUGUGUGCGUGUGUGUGUGUGUGUGUGUGUGUGUGUGGUCAAAAACUGUGCUUCCGGGUAGCAUCUGAGGAACCAAAGAUUGGUUCCUAUUUAUGCCAAGAGCGCUAAUUGUCUCUUUCACUGGUUAUUAAUUAAAAAUAACUCAAAAAUA